GCCACACUCCUCCUCCUCUCCUCCUCCUCCUCGGUUGUAACCCAGUUCUUUUUUUUUUUUGAUUCCUCCACCUUUGUGUUGUGAUCAGUGUGUUUCUCACACCCCCACCUACCCAUCCUCUGCUCCCCUCCUCCUCCAGCCCACCCUGCCCCAUCCUCCUCCUCCUCUUAGCAUCUGAAAGGACCGCUGAGUGAGAAUCGAUGGCGCAGAGGCCCCGCUUGACAGGACAAUAAACCACAAAGAAGGGCCUCUCCACAGUGAGGACGCAGCGAUGCCCCACCACAGGGAGGAGGACCCGUCUCCGUCCCGCCGCCUCGGCCUGGCUCCCCGCCGCCUCCACGCACCGAAGCCCGGCCACGACUUCCCAUGAGGCCUCCACCAGAACUCAGCUCGACCGCUCUGUAUGGGGCCUCUCACAUAUGAAUUGACAUGGAGGAUGAAGAUGGGACUUGUCUACUUGAUGUUUUGUGUGACCCCCAAGCCCUGAACGACUUCCUUCAUGGGACCAAUGAGCUGCCGACUGAGGACCUGCUCAUUAACUCCUCCUCUGGGGAGACCUCCCUCUUCGCAGACGCCCCGAGCCCCGUCUCUCUGCUGGGAGAUGGCAGUGAUUCCCCAGACACGCCUCCCCCCGGGUGCGUGGACCUGUCCUUCCUGGAGGAGGCUCUCCUGUCAUCGCCGGAGGGUGAAGACCUGCAGGUGGUGCAGGGUGGGCAGCCUGUGGAGGGUGGAUGUGAGGCGAAGAAGGGAGAAGUGCCGGAGGUGGAGGAGGCGGAGGUGGCGUGUGACAUCCUGCAGCAGAGCCUGCAGGAGGCUGACAUCACCGAGCAGACCAUGGCUCUGGAGGCAGGUCUGGCCCAUACCGGGGACAGUCUCUCCCUCUACUCACCCGCUCCUCUCCUCUCUCCUCCCACCGCACCAUUCCUAACCAAGUCCGUGACCUUGCCCGUCACCCCGGCGUUGCCCAGAGACACCCAGGCAGCAGUGGAGCCUCCCCAGCCCUCGCUCCUGGCUGUCGGGCCUGGCUGCCCCUCUCUAAAACCGGCUGCACCGCCUCAGCUGAUGGGGCUCCUGCCUGGAAACGUGUUCCCGGCUCCUUCUCCAGAGACCUCCUUCUCUCUGAGUCCCGCCCAGGCCUCCAGUAUGAUCAUCCACAAGGCUGUUCCCAGUUUGACCAGUCGUCCUUUCAUCACUCCGUCCCUGAGAGCCACAGCGGCAGCACCGGGGAUUGUGCUGCAGAGGGCCCCUCUCCACAUCCAGCCCAAGCUCCCCAUCAGCAUUCAGCCCAGACUGGUUCAAAUUAGCCCCAAGCCUUCUGGGCAUAAACCCACACCGGGUCUUACAUUCGUCCCUGGGACUGGCUCACCAAAUAUUUUACUGUCCCAAACUCCAGGCCAAAAGCCCACAGGCCCACAGCCACAGCCCAGCCAGCAGCUCCCCAAACCAGUCAGCCUGCAGUUAGUCAACCAGGGCGGCUCCUUCGUGCUCCAGCCUCAGGGACUCUUCCAGGGCCAAAACCAGUUCCUUCUUCCAGGCCAGUCCCCCGUCACAAUCUCCCAGCCUGCCAGUGGGGCUCGAACGCUGCUGACUCCCAGUCACCAGGGCCCAUCGGCCACUGGGCAGCUCGUAGACGGCUCUCAGAUCCUUACUGUGCCCCAGAGACAGCUGAACUUCAGCCCCGUCUUCACCACCCCCACAGGGCAGCUCGCGCUCCGCCAGGCCACGGUGCUUUCAGGACCCUUGCAUCUACAGUCAGCACCCCCCACUGUCUUCCAGAUGCCGGCACAGCUGGCUGGAGCCUACACUGCAGGGGGGCAGGGGCAGCGCGCCACCCUGGUCCACAGUCCCGCUCUUGGAAACCACAUAACCUUGAUCAACAGUUCGGGGGUGCUUUCCCCGGAUCUCACUUCCAUCUCGAUCGUCAACGGGCCCUCGGUGGUUCAGGGGCUGCCUUUCGCUGCCCAGGCCCCGGCUCCUCAGGCGGGGGUGGCGGAGGGACAGCUCAGCCUCCAGCAGGCGUCUGUGGUGCUGCUGCCGGAGAGAACUGUUCAAGAGGAGAGGAGCCGCUCAGAGGAGACUUUCCACCAACUGCCGCAGCCCUACGGACACGUGCUCCAGCACAUCUCCGUGCAGGCCCCCUCUGCAGGGCCGCAGGCCCCCUCUCCUCCUGUUGUCACCGUCCUGCAGCCUCCUCCUGAACCACCUCUGGCCCCCAAUCCAGCUGCAGAGAUGCCCAAACUACUGAUGCCUCCAGCGGACAUGACCCAAGUAGUGGAGGAGGUGGCCCAGUCCAUGAGCCAGAACCAGGCCUUUAUGCAACAUCUGCAACAGCAAGCACUUAACUCUCCCAUCACCUCUGAUUUGCUGGUUGGAGCGCUGCCAGUGGUGCCGAUGGAGACUCUCUCCUCCCCCGUGGCCAACGAGAGAGAGACCCAACCUCAGACCCACUCAGUCCCAGAUCCGGACCCCCACAACGUGACAUCUGACCAGUGUGUGGAGGCUUCUCCGCUCAGCUCGGAUCCUGAGGACACACCGCUGCUCUGCUCCUCCCCUCCCCACCUCCCUCAGGACACAGGGAGAACAGCUCCGGCAGCGUUCUCCCCUCCAGCUGGAGCUCAGAUGACUCCGCCUGCACCUGAGAGGUCGGCUCCACAGACCCUCAUCGAGCCCCAAGCCCAGUACCAGGUCCCGCUUCAGCUCCAGGUCUCACAGGCCUUAUUCAUCCAGAACCAGGUGCAGCUCCAGUCGUCGGUUCCCCAGCCCCGGUCCUCGAGCCACACUCCAGCCCACAGCAGCUCCUCCUCCUCCCCUGUGCUGGUCAGCGUCCCGGUGCCUCAGCAGCAGCCUGAUCCCGCAGCUGCUCGUCUCUCCAAAGGAGGAGACGACUCCGCUGUGCAACAGCAAACACAAAACAAGCCGACAGCUGCCUUGGCCGUGGAGAGUAAAGCGUUUACUCUCGAUGUCCAUCUACGCUCUCCUGCAGCCCAGGAUGUUCACGGGCCCCCGGCUCCCAGGGAGUGGGGCCCCGUGCAGACGAGCCAGCAGACAGGCACCAAGCUGGCAGUUUGUCUGGAGCAGCAGAGAGAGGACAGGAUCACACCAGCAAUACGCCGGCACAGGUUCCAGCAGCAGCUGUGUUCGGACCACGCAGAAGUUCAGCACCCGUUCACCGGCCCGGCCUUUUCCACGCUGAAGGACGCCGUCAGACGCCUGCUGCCGUACCACGCGUGUGCCGGUCACCUGCCGACCCAGAGCGACUUCGGUUUAGUGGACCAGGAGUUUGACUCUGUGUCCGGUUUCCUGCUGAAACGCACCAAGGACAUGAUCAACAAAUACAGGCAGCUACUGGUCAGAGAAACUCAGCAGGAGAGUCCCUCAGCGGAGAUGGUGAUGCUGGAGCGUCUCUUCCUUCAGGCCGAGCGAUUCGCUUUAGCCGAGGACAGACGCAGAGCCCGCAGAGACCCAGAGUCGUUCAUGAUGGCCUUGACUACAUCAGCGUCUUCCCCUCAUGAAGCCCCCCCCUCCGGCCCCUCCCACCCGCUCUCCUCCGGCAGCCCCUCCUCCCCCCCGGCCUGGACCAGACUCUCUGACCGGCCCCCGGGCCUGAAGACGUACCGCUCCAGCUCCCGCGGCGCCCUCAGACUCACCAUCAAGCAGGAGUCGGGCUCCCGCAAGGUGGUCCACAACUCGGCCUGCGACCCCGGACUCAAGAGGGACCACACGGGGCAGCUGACCAACGGCGGUGGAGCCGUGAACGAACGCCACUGUCAGCAGGCGCCCAACGGAGCAGCCCCCCGCCCCCAGCACGAGGAGGAGGUCGUCAACGGGGCUCUGCAGAGCGACACUGCACAGGAAGUCCCACAGACUGCACCCAAUCCCAAAAUAAAAGCCCCACAUCCUCUUUCUAUGCCAGAGCCACAGGCGGCUUGCUUCGAGUUGCCUCCCAGAGAUGUCAGUGCCCCAAAACUGAAAUGUUACAGGCUGGAGGCGACGCCUCAGCCGGAGCCGCGGCUGAGUCCGCCGCCUCCGCCCCUCCAAGAGGACAACAUGCUCAGCGAACAUCUACAGAGCGCCAUCGACAGCAUCCUGGAGCUGCAGCGCCUGCAGGGCCCCUCUGCAGCCCCGACCAGGGCCCCGUCAGGGCCGCCCCUGGACCAGGCUGUCACCAGCAUCCUGGAGGGACACCUGUGAGGUAACGUGUCCUGACAGAUGUCCACAAACAUCCGUCUGAGGCGGGACAAAGGGAAGUGCACUCGUCUGUUCCCCAGAACCGAAAGAGGUUUUGAUUCUGGGUUUCAGAUUUUACUUUAAAAGGAACUGAUUGUUUUAAAGAAAGAGGGAGGAGGAAAAAAACUACAGAGGCACUAUGAAGAGAUGCAGACAGCAGCACUAUCUACAGCCGGACAGAUGUUAGAUACUUCAUUUUGAUGUACGUUUGUGGAAAAAAAUCUAUUUGAAUAGGAGCUAUAUUGUUUCAGUGGUAGUUAAGUCAUCCAGAGGUUUACGACACUGGUGUAACCUUCAUCAGCAUAUAGUAUAUAAGUAAUAGUGAGGCUAACGGAAACGUGGAGUAGACUGAGAUUAUUCAAUAGUUUUUUAUAAGAUUUCUUUCAGAAAAAAAUGUGGUUUCUUUUGCAUAGUGCCAAGCUUCCAGGGUAUUUAUUUUGAUAAUCUGUGCCAACUGUGUUUUCAGAUGAGUUGCAUUGAGAAAGGCAGCGUGUGUGUGUGUGUGAGACAAGUGUGUGUGUGUGUGUGUGUCCACAUUUGGGAAUAAUUUGCGUGGAUGUAAAGUGUGUGUGAAACAUAGCAUCCUGCGACGGGACGCUACACGAGAAUCCCGCAGGCUCCAUCGUCUCGGCUUAACGAAUGAAACUCCAAAGAAUCUGUGACUUGCUACAUCCUGAAUACACCAGCAAACGUCCAUGUUGUGUCUCUUCCCACAAACUGGAGUGUGUCUUUGUCCGAGCAGAAAGAACCCGAGGGAGCACAGGACGGAAAAAAGAAAGAGAAAGAGUUAUAGGCAGUCGUUGUUUCUUCUUCUUUUCUUUCGGACCCGUGCCGUCGAUCACGCUCGAGUCUGACUGUGAAAUAGUUUUGUGUGUGUUCAGAGACAAGAGUCGUCUCCCAUUCUGUGUGUAUUUACAUGCAAGCAAUAAUGAGUUGGGGUUGUUUGGAGCAGGGGUGGUGCAGUGAAGAGGAGGGAGAGGAGGAAGAGGAGGGAGAGG